UUGAGCGAGCGCCCGCAACCAGAGAAGAGCGUGUGUGUAUGUGUGUGCGUGUGCGUGAGUGUUUUUCGGGAAAGUGUGAUACGAGUUUGUUAUAAUAUGCGCGUAUCGUGAGACCAAGCGGUGGCGUGGGAGCGUGUGCCUUACUUUUAUUUUUUUGCUGCCCCCUCGACAUCGUUUCCAAAACCGGGGGUUAUGUUUGCACUUACCUUGGUCCGCCAUGGGGAGACACUGCACAACAAAGACAACGUCAUUCAAGGCCAGCUGGAUGUACCGCUGUCGAGCAUCGGCCUUGAGCAGGCCGAGCUGCUGGGCAAGCACCUGCAGCAGCAGAGGUUCACCCACGUCUACAGCAGCGAUCUGUCGCGUGCCAAACAGACUGCCAUGUCGAUCCUGGAAAAGAAUCGGGUGACUCCAGGGCCUAUUAUCGAAGACCAGCGGCUACGAGAACGGAAAUUUGGCACAGUGGAAGGCCAAAGCUUCGGCUACCUGAAAGAGGCAUCCAACAAGGCCAACCAAUCAGUGAGCUCCUUCACGCCACCAGGUGCCGAGACGCUAGACCAGGUAAGGAAGCGUGCCGUCUCCUUCUUCGAAGACCUCUGCCAGCUUCUGCGAGGGGCAUAUUUGACAGAAGACCAGGAAAACCUGAGCCCCAGCAAACGUAAACGCGAAGAGCAGACUCCUUCACUGCCGUCAUCGCUGAGCAGCUCGCCGUCUGCGUUCCCACCUUCCCACAAUUCUCCAUCAUCAGCUACGACGCCCUCUUUUGCCGACGAACUCAUCCGCGCAGCGCUUGGCCCAAGCACUGAUGAUGCCAGCAUUGCGGCGACAGACCCAGCCCCCAACGUCUCUCUCUCCCCACUCGUUGAGCAGUGGCCCGCCACCAACCCGCCGCGGAAGCUCUCGGCUUGUAGUUCGUCGGACGAAGGCGACGGUGUUGGGGGUGGGGGAGCGCUGCUGGCAAGCAUCCUCGUCGUGAGCCACGGGGCCCUCCUUCGCGAGAUGGUCCGGCACCUCGUCGAAGACCUCGGCUGCUGCGUGCCCGGCGGCCGUAGCCAGGCCCUGCGCAUCAGCCCCAACGCGGGCAUCUCCAAGUUCACCGUGUCGGGCCCACGCGACCGGCCGCGCAUCGUCUGCCACCUGAUUCACGACAGGCAGCACCUGAUGGGCGGAAGCGCCUGUCCGAUCGUGAGCAGCGGCGAGUCAAUACCACGGCGGCGAGAAAUGCCUCCGGCUGGCCUUUCGGCAGAUGCUACGGCACUUUAGUAAAGGUGUGGGUGACCAGGGACUGUGAACGGAAUUGUCUCGUUUUUGUGCUGGAAGCACCCUUUGAUUCUGUUUUUCCUUUUUGUGAAGUGGCAGCGGCUGCAGCAUUGGCAGGAAGGUCUUGUGACACUUCAGCACAGAGCUGUGGGUAUGGCUUCCACGUGCCUCACUGACGGGGGAGGCAGCGAGCUUGUCUGCUGACACAACAGUGCUUUAGGAGGCAGGCAACAGUGACGGGUCCGUGUUGUUUUUAUGAUGGAUGUGCAUUGCCUAUUUUGUUUUUACAUUUUUGUGCUUCCACGGGGAAGCAGUAUUUUGCACUCUAAGGAAACAGGACGUCUGCAGCGGGAGCGCAAAGCAGCGUUCACUUUGUUGCGCCUUCUGUCAUAUGUAUAGCCGGCAGACGCGAGGGGCACUCGAGCUCUGGGGGUGAGGGGGGGUGUGCUGCUGCCAGUCUGCCUCAAUUUUUUUUGUUCAAUUGGGGCAUUUGUUUUUGUUUUGGUCAUCUCUGGCACGUGAAUCAGUAUUUCUCACCUUGUGAGACUGGAACAUUCGACAGUUGAAGCAGUGAGCUAUUGUUAAGCAGCCUUUUCCGGCAGCAUUGUUAACAGUGUAGACGUUGGCCGAAGCUAGCAGCUUUCCAUAGUCAGCAGCGGUUGACCACACUCUCGAGGAUGUUGCACUGUAAUCCGGGGUGACCAAACAGUGCUUCAGGGCCGGUUCACUUGCGGUCCUAUUUCGUGGCGCUGGUAUUGCAGGACUUGUCGUUAAUUGUACAACCCCCUGAUCCACAGCAAGGGCAGUACUUGUUUGCCAUGUUCCUUGCUCCUGUUUUCACAGUAGCUCAGGAGCCUGUGGCUUUUUGUCUUUGUCCCCCUCUCCUAUACCUUCUGUGACGUUUUGUUUUAAAACCAAUGACACUUAUGUCGGAGAAGGAAAUAGGCACAAGCAAUGUUCCAAAGACUUGGCGGUGCAUCGCCUGCGACAAAUUUCUCACUUUAGUGCUCUCAUCAUUAGAAAUUAUUUUAGUGUAUGCAUGAGGACUGUUAUGCACUUUUCCCAAAAAUGCGACUUCCAGAAUGUGGCCACAAAACAGGAAAAUUGAUGCACUCUUAAAGUUUGCUGCAGGCGUCCCAAUCGCGUACCUGUGGCAUCUGUUCCUACGACUAGCAGACAACAAAUGUGCCUGUUAACAAUUUGCUGUCUCACCGCUUGUAGGAUGGCGUUGUACUUGAGGAAUGGUCAGGCGAAACUUGAAUGUCCAAAGUUCUUUGCUGCAUCUUACGACGCCUAAUGCAUUGUAGACUAGGCACAACCUAUUUUGACAGUCAGUGCUUCGUUCAGACAGUGAAGAGAACCAUCUUAACUAAAAAGUCCUUGGCACAAGUUGUGACAUUUCAUCGCUGCGGUAUUUGCGCACUGUAUGCCAUAUUACUUUCUCAGUGCAAAGGCUGUGCCUACUUUUCAAUGUGUUAGUGGCAUUCUUAUGGUGUUGGUUAUAUACUGGGUGAUUCAGAAGCAACAAACAAAAAAAGUAAAUGUUUCGUAGUUAAAAACUAAACCAUAAAAACCUGUGCUUUUCAUAUAAUUUUAAACAAGUCAUCUUAAAGCCAGGGUAGUUGCAUGCCGCACUGACAGAUGGCACUUCAGAUUGCAACAGUGCUCUGGCUAAAAAAAAAAGCCUUGCUUUUUCGGUAAUUUCUUUUUAUCGUCUCGUUUAAUCUUAAACUGGAGCAUGGGGAAAUAGAAUGAACUUGUGUGGCAAUUGCAACAGCUGAUUCAAGAUCGCUGUUUCGAGCCGAAUUAGAAUUAAGGAAUUCAGGGACGUUCAUCAUUUCUGUUUAUGCAAGGAAGCUUUUGUGAACAUACAAAGUGGAACGGGUUUCAUGAGAAAAUUGUUACUUUGACCCAAAGUAGCCUUCUGAAAUGACAAAAAAAAGAACUGUACGAGUCAUCUCAAAAAAGCAUCGUCGUCCAAUUAGUUUUCCAGACCUGCGUGAAUUUUUCUUGAACUAUGUAGCUUUGUCUGAGGACUAUUUACAUAAUUUUGUACAUGUGUGGGCACGUGUAAUUGGAGCUUCUUCUGGGUAGGUGACAAUUUUUUUUUUCAUUUAUGCAAAAAACCUAACCAAACUUGGAACACAAGGUUUUUUACAGCAGUCCUAAAGUACACUUUGAAUUGGAGCUUCCUUGUACACUUCAACAUAGCAAACCUCACCAUGCCAAUCACACAGUGUAAUUGCUUAGAAAAAAAAAUUCGUUAAGUUUCUACAUUCUUAAAAUCUCCAACAGCACUUUAUAGGGGAGCAAUUAGGUUGUUUCAACUUUGAUUGACACCCAUAAAUUUGUAAUCUUGCUUCAGGAGAUCCUUCAUGCAUUAAUACCUUGUGCCUGUGCUACACAGGGAAGGUAAAUGCUGUUGCCUUGGACUUUAAUUACUUCCUUAAAGCCAUUUGAUAGAAAGUUGGUGUUUGGUCCUGCACUUUUAAUGGCAAGAAAUGUCAUGAUGAUCAAGCUGUAGUAACUCCUGCAAGUGUGUUUAGAAUUGCAACAAUUUAUUUUUAAUUAUUCAGGGAGUAAAGAUGCAAGAAAUGCCACUAAAAGCACUAAUAGACAUACUUUAUGUAGGACAAUUUUAGUUUGCUUUAGAAACUUGUGUAGCCAUUACUGCUAACAUUGGGAGCUGAAGUACGCAUUCGACGGCCUAAUGAGAUGUGCGAACGCACUACACUGCAACUGGCAUUAAGCUUUGAUGCCAUUAAGUAUAUUUGGUUUGCACUGCGUUAAUGACAUUAAGCAUGAAUGCUGUUUAACAGUUAAUUUCAUUUCUUGCGCCUGUGUAACGCAGUUUCUACAGGCAGCCAUCAACAGCAGCUCAACAAGAGAUCCCUCAGACUGGUGAUACAUGUAAUACUUUAAUAUAAGGACUUGUCCUCGUUGAGGGUACUAGGCAGGUUUUUUAAUAUGUCCUCUACUAACACUAGCAUAGUUAAAACAAAAUUGACAGUCCUAUUAGACAGUUUUCGCUGUGCGUUGCUUACGGUCUGCUGUGCUCAGAUUUCACGCACAGAGGCUGAGGAUUGUGCUGCUUUCGCAAUUUUGAUUAGUGCAUCUCCCAGGGAUGCUGGCGACAUUGAAAAAAAGUUCAUUCACCCUUGCACUUUGUUCAAUAGGCUCUGUCAUGCACUGCGGGCAGUAUUCUAUGUCACGAUGUCGUGUGCUUGCACACUAAUAUUCUAACUUGGCGGCUAUGUGCAAGUUAUCAGGGCACUCCAGUCUUGAGUGGAGCAAACUGUAAAGGCUCGGCUGAAACACUGCUGCAUUACCCAGUGUUUUCCCAACCAGUGUGCAAGAAACAGAACUUUGCAGUUGUUCAGGAAUUGCGAAAGAUUGAACUGUAGCAAGAACGUGAAAUGUGUUAGUCAAGUGAAGUGGUGAUAAAAUGUCGCUUUUAAUGGUGCCAGCAACUUGCAAUUAGUAUAUCUAAAGGUCCGUGGCUGGCGUUAUACAAGUCUCUAAAAUGAACUGCUAAAGGGUGACAGGGUAAAUUGGGGAGACGUACUUCAGCUUAUGGUGACCAUCUCGUCUUGUAUUUCUGUGCUAUCUGCACCUUCCAGUUUCUGCUUUCCCCUUCCUCCCUUUCAUUAUGGAUUCACUUUAGUUCAGCAGCUCCGCUAUCAUAUGUGCAAAAAUUACAUUGGGGUAGAAUUGCAUUGGGUUCGGAGAUGAACUGAGAAAAGGCAGGAUAGGCUAUGACACUGCUUCUUUCUAUACUACCUGCUAGAGUAGUUCUUGGCUUGCGUUAUGAAGGCAUUCAAAAAGAAUUAAUCUGGGCUGAGGGUGUCGGUGCUGCAAUCUUCUGUAGCAUUUUAUAUUAGAGAAGUUUAUAUAGAACUCUGUUUUUGACGAGAAUGUGAAAUGAAAUGCCAUAAUUCCCUUUACACUCUCUGCCCCCCCCCUCCCCCCCUGUGUGUCUGGAAUUGGCCGCUGUGGCAAUUUCAUUUCCUCUCAUUUCCGUUGUGUUCUAAUAGUGGUAUUGUAUUUUCACUGCAGCUUGUUUCUGUACUCGGUAAACAUAAAGUGUUUUAUAUUUUAGUGGCAUUGUAGAGGCGCUGUAACAUAAAGCUAUUCCAAACUUUUCUAUUCCAAUUCUGCAGUCAGCCCUCUGCGAUUGGUCAAAAAGCUUUUUUGGGCCGCCACCGCUACGCCUGUCUGUCAUGCAGCAUCAAAAAAACCACAAUAGCUCCCAAUCUGACAUGAAGUGUACACACUGAUUAUGCAUGAUUCGACCGAACAAAAGAAAAGUAAUUUCUGAUUCGAUUCCUUUUCGCUAUUAACCCUCUGCUAUUGGUCAAAAGGACCUCUCUGUCACUCGACAUCGCAAACAAUGUCCGCAUUAUCUGAACACCAAGAUAAAUACCCACUUGCUCUCUGCACCGCCUUCUUUUGUACCGUGGCAAGUACGAGGUCACGGGAUCAAAUCCCAGCCACGGCGGCUGCACUUAGAUUAAUGAAAUGCAAAGACGCCUGUGUGUCGUGCAUUGCGGGCACGUCAGAACUUCUGGUGGUCAAAAUUAGUCCGGAGUCCCCCACUACGGCGUGCCUCAUAAUCAAAUCGUGGCUUUGGCAUUUAAAAAAAAAACAUAAUUCCUUUUGUACCGUUGUGAUAUUGCGAGGUGAAAGUUGCUGUAAAGCCGCAUCGUUUCGCUUUUGGGUGGCGUGCACUUCUGCUUUAUUCUGCGACGUGCCUCCUCCCAGCCACAUCAUUUGCCAACAUACUUCUAAACCAAUAAAUCAAUCGGCAAUUGACGAAUGAAAAACAGCGCUCACGCAACAAGAGAGAAAGAGCCAGAGAUUUCACCACAGCGCAGAGGCAUCUUGGCCUCUGUCCCCAUUUCGGACACGUGCACAGUUUUCCAUUCAUCAAGAAUGCAUUAACAAGUCCAAGUCUCUACUGAAUGAGUCGUGCUUCACUGUAAAGCCUGACAACCUGCAUUACUCUAAUGCAUGCUCAGCUUCAGUGUAGUGUCCUUUACUCCUGCAAAGCACAUGGUUUUUUUCUUUUCUGUAGAACUCCCUGAUGUAAAUUUUAGUGUAAAUGCUGUGUUAUAGCAAGGUUUCUCUUUCUCUGCAUUCAUGAUUGACCGACUCAUUGAUUGGAGUUAACAUCUCGGACCAACGUGGGCCACGAUAACUCCCACAAUGGUGGGCUCUGAUAAUUUUGGCCACCUGGGGUUGUUUGACAUGCGCCCAAGGCUUGGUGCAGUCAGCAUCCAAAGUUCUCGGGCAGUGGGAUCUGAGAAAAACGUCGAGUUUCUGAGCAUUGAGUAACUGCAGACUGUAGGACCGUGCAGCAGUACGUUGUUUGCAUAUUACUAGUAGAGGCUAGAAAUAAACACCAGACAGUGAAAAUAUUCGGCUUUAGAUCGGAUCGCACGGUCUGUAGACUUGACACAGACUGUAUGCGAGUGUUUUUGCAUACCACCCCCAAUCGGAACGAACGCAGCCACGAUGGCUCUGAAUCAAACCCACGACCUUGUGCUUGGCAACAGGACCCCAUAGCUGGUAAGCGACCUCGACAGGCUGGCCCUCCGUUCUGAAUUGAAGCAUUUGCCUACACACUAAGACUCUUCUGUAACCAUUCUCUUGCACUUCAUUUGGGAACCUCGGUAUCUGCAGAUUUUCACACAUUUAGUUUUCUGCCUAGUGAUUUGCGAGCUGAGCCAGUAAAGGUUGGCCGUUGUUACGUGGAGUACCUGCCAGAGGACUAGAGUUGGUCAUUGAGAAGGCAGAAGCGGUCAAAUUAAAGUGUUCUUAAUUUUAGAAACUGUGUUCCUGGUUAAUGUUCACGAUAGCAUCAGACACAGAAAGAGGCAACUUGCAGAACUGCUCACACCACUUUGCGAGUACUUCGCCAAUAUGGGUAGCACUGUGACUGUAUUACGGGGCAGUUCCAUCCGUAUUGGCUGCCAUGACAAUUUUGCCAAUUCUGCAAUUGUUCUUGGUUCAGUGUUCAAGCUCUUGGUUCAUGUUUAUAUGAUAAAGGCACACAGGGAAACUACAACAUUCAGACCUGGCUGCCUACACCUUUGGGAAUGCAUGAAUAGUACAGGGAGCACCGUGAUCAUAUUUCGUAACAGGAAGUUUUAGAUUUUGUGUAUGCAAAUGGGUUUGGGUACCCAAAGGGACCUUUGCAUAUGCAAAGCACCACGCCCAGCUUGCAUUCUUUUGGACCCCUUUGGGGUUCUUUUGUAUACCUUUUUGCACUCUUUUGUAAGCCUGACAGUUUGCGGACGCGAAAUAUAAAACUCCGAAAUGAUCAUUUUCCAGUCAUACCAGCCAUCUUGCCACUUCUGGUAGACCCAGCAAUUGUUCUUUAUUCAUCUUUAUGAUAAAUGCAGACAUGGAAAAAAAAGAACAUACAAAAUUAACUACUUGCACCUUUGCGGGUGCAUUGACAGUAUUCUAUGGAAGCACUGCGGCCAUAUUUCGUAACUGUUACAUUCUAUUCAUGCCAGCCAUUGUGCUAACUUUGCCAAUACUGACAACAAUGAGAGUGAGACCAAGUGCGGGCUCUUCGUGAAAGGCAGCAACGAGUGGAUCCUGGGAAGAAGUCGCAAAAUCUAGACCCCGAUUUUGGAGGUUUGGGAUUCGAUUAUGCGCAGUUAAUUACUGUAGCAGUUCUAGCCCACAGGAGUUUUAUAGCGCAAAACUGGCAGCAUGUAAUGACUGUAACGGCCAGAUAAGUUUCUUCCGUCUGCUUCCUUACUGUGAUUGUGCCAGACCUGGCGUAGCACCAUACAGUUAGUACCUGAUUGACACAAAGCUGCAAUUUCAGUCACGUCCACAGGAGACAAGAUUGUGGUUCAUAUUGUAUGGUGAUGUGUUUUUACAGUUCCGUUAGUGUGUCUUUGUUUUUUUUUUCUCGGUGUUGAAAUUUGUUGUUACUGCUGAUACUGCUUUGAAUGCUUUGCAACUUUGAUGUUUGCCGACUGUGUUUUGCAGUAUCUAGCUUUGGUUACAUUGUGCCAGAAAGAUUACCGAUCUCCUGUUGCCGAAUGGCUGUGCUAUGUAUAGGACGCCACUUGGUUUGUUAUCCUGGGAAAGACAUCAGAAUGAGAAACUUGGUUGUCUUGAGCAACUAAAUGCUUAUGAAAUCUAAGAAUACCCGGCAUUACUGCAACUACCAUCUUUAAAGCACAGCCAUUUAAAACUGCUUUAACAUGUAGGAGGCUUUUCAGAGGAAUGUAUGUCAGAAGUGCAAAAACAGGUUGGAUAUCUAAGGAAGCUGUUUGACUCGUGAAAAUAGCAAAGUGGACAGUGAUAUGCAGAUAUGGUACUUGCAUCUUCUUCACGUUUAGCAGCUGUCUGUCAUCCUGCUUUCACUAUGAAAGGGCAAGAAAGUAAAAAGCAGGACAAUGUGGUACUGUGGUGAUAUUGUAAUUGAUAAAACUUGCCAAUGUUGCAGCAACUCUGACAUUCAGAUGUUCGUUCGAGUUUUUCCCAAAAAAUGUACGAACUUUUGCACGAGCGAGCACGUUCGUAAUCGUGUCAUUUUAUCUGUCGACAGACUUCCUGGAUAUCUUUGUUUUUCUCCUGACCAACUCCAGAAGUUUAGUUUUGAAGACUAUCACUGGGAAAUACCUUGUUUUACUGCCUUCUGGCUUGUACUUGGAAAAAGUUAAAAAUAUAUGUGCUUUGGUGUUCGGA